AUGCCUCUUUUCGGUCGCCAUCAAGAAGAAUAUGAGCCAGAGCCAGUCGUGGAAGAGCCCAAGCGAAGCUCAUCUAUCUUCCAUCGUAACCGUGCCGAGUCUGUCUCACCAUCGGAACUAGUCGCAAUCGCGGAUUCUUACACAAGAACCGAGAAGUUCAAGACCCAGUUAUCGCAAAUGGAGAGAGAAGCCGACAGAGCAUUGAUUAAUGCUCGAGAGGCGGUGGCAGAAGCAAGAGAACAUAUGAGACAACUUAAGUUGGAGAUGGAAGCACAAGCAAAAGCACUGAAGGUUCGACAAGGACAAGCGAAUAACAUUUACAAGAGAGCCAAACCUCUUGGUCGUCACCAAGUCCAGGGCUUGUGAAGAGCAUCAUAUCCGAUGUGACACUUGUCACUGAUUGAAAUUUACUCUUUGCGAUAACUUGUAUGAAUAUUUAGCGGGAUCGGUGUUGGGGAGGAUGUUUGUUUUUUUAGCGUGGAGUUGACAGGAGCGAGUGAGACUUUUUGAAAUACGGUUGGGAUAGAAACCACCAAUGAAUGUACUAUUAUUAUGAUCAUGAUGAGAACGAAUACCAUUGAUGCCAAUUCUUUUGAAACAUGACGAUAACGUAGAUUUGGCUGAUGAUGUCUUUGCAGACAUUUCAUCGUGUUGGCCUCGUGUGUAGGUGCCUUGAACAUUGUGAGCAGAAGCAUGCCGUCGAUAUCAAGUGAGAAGAAACGUUUUCUUAGGUUUGGCAAGAAAUGAUGCUAUUCCC